UCAUAACCUACACUACUUGUAGGUUUGGUGGCUCCGCCGCCGAUGUCGUCGCCGGGUCCCGGAACUUCUCCGCCUUCUCCUCUUCCUCCGUCAGAUAGCAACGUCACUACUCCUCCGACGACUACUUUUCCCCUCUUUCCUCCGACAAACGGAAGUUCGAUCAGCUCUGAACCUACUCCUUCACCGCCUGGUCAAAGUCGAUCUACUAAUAACACUACAUUGGUUGCGCUUGGAGUUGGAAUAGGCAUUGGAGGUGCAGUCGUGCUUGUAUUUGUUGGCAUUUUUGUUGUUUGGUACAAGAGACGGAAGAGACGGCGUCGUGCCUUAGCGGGUUUAUCUGAUCCAAAAGAUGGCUUUGGGGGUGCACCUCAAAAUUGGCAACACAAUGCUCCUUCAUUAAAGCAAAAUAUGAACGGAUUGCCACCAAAGUUCAAUAAUUCACAUGGCAAUGCAUCAAAUUUUCAGUUAUGUUCAAUGGGUUCUUCCGUUCCUCCACCACUUUCAACAAGUAGUACGGGCUCUGAAAAGCCGCAUCCACAAUCAACAACUAACAUGGGUUAUGCAAAUGGCAAGACCAUAUUUACUUAUGAAGAUUUAGUAAAUGCAACAGAAGGCUUCUCACAUGCCAAUCUUCUUGGUCAAGGUGGUUUUGGGUAUGUCCAUAAAGGAGUCCUUCCAAGUGGGGAGAAGGUUGCCGUUAAACAGCUGAAAACCGGAAGUGGACAGGGGGAACGUGAAUUUCAGGCUGAAGUGGCUAUAAUUAGUCGCGUUCAUCACAAGCAUCUUGUUUCACUGGUUGGAUACUGCACGUCUGUUCAGAGGAUGCUGGUUUAUGAGUUUGUCCCCAACAACACCUUGGAGUUCCAUUUACAUGGAAAGGGACAUAAUCCUUUAAACUGGGAUAUGAGGAUGAAGAUUGCUCUAGGAUCUGCAAAAGGACUGGCAUAUUUGCAUGAGGACUGUCAACCUAAAAUCAUUCAUCGCGAUAUCAAGUCUGCAAAUAUACUUCUUGAUAGCAAUUUUGAGCCAAAGGUUGCAGAUUUUGGACUUGCUCGAUUCACUUCUGAAACAGAUACUCAUGUUUCCACCCGUGUGAUGGGAACUUUUGGUUAUUUAGCUCCAGAGUAUGCUCUCACUGGAAAGUUGACAGAGAAAUCAGAUGUCUUUUCCUUUGGUGUCAUGCUUCUAGAGUUGAUUACUGGACGCCGACCCAUUGAUAAAGCUCAAUUCUUGGAUGAUAACAUCGUUGAUUGGGCAAGGCCAUUGCUAACUCAAGCGUUGGAGGAUGGCGAUGUUAGCUCACUAGUCGAUGCAAGGUUGCAGGAUGAUUACGACUCUACUGAAAUGUCUCGGAUGAUUGCUUGUGCUGCUGUUUCUGUACGCCAUUUGGCAAGACGAAGGCCACCAAUGAGCCAGAUAGCUAGAGCCUUAGAAGGAAACCUGCCGUUAGAGGAUUUAGACGAGGGUACGAAACCCGGACACAGCAAAUUAAACGGUUCUCACGAAAGCUCGGAUUUCGACACCGCACAGUACAGAGAAGACCUCAAGAAAUUCCAAAAAAUGGCAUUCGAAAGCCAAAACAAUUCGAGCGGAUGGAGUGCACCCACCAGCAAUUUUGGUCAGCAGCCAUCUGGAUCUAGUAGUGAGACCCACGAUCUGGGCUCGAGUGCUGGAGUUCAGCAACGACCGACGGAUUGAGAAGAUGGAUGCAAAAAAAUGGCUCAAAUUUUCUAACAAAAUUGCAUCCAGUUUGUAGUAGGAGGGUUAGUAGCCAGAUUGUGUUUAUAGAGAGAUUUGUUAUCAUUGUACAGAAAGACUAAAUUCAAGUUUAUGGUUUGAUUUGUUUGUUGAACAAUGUAAUGCUGAAUUGGGAGUUUGGGACC